GGGACGAUGCGCGAGUACAAAGUGGUGGUGCUGGGCUCGGGCGGGGUAGGCAAAUCCGCCCUGACCGUGCAGUUCGUGACCGGCACCUUCAUCGAGAAAUACGACCCCACCAUCGAGGACUUCUACCGCAAGGAGAUCGAGGUGGACUCGUCGCCGUCGGUGCUGGAGAUCCUGGACACGGCGGGCACCGAGCAGUUCGCGUCCAUGCGGGACCUGUACAUCAAGAACGGCCAGGGCUUCAUCCUGGUCUACAGCCUCGUCAACCAGCAGAGCUUCCAGGACAUCAAGCCCAUGCGCGACCAGAUCAUCCGAGUGAAGCGGUAUGAGAAAGUGCCAGUCAUCUUGGUUGGGAACAAAGUGGACCUGGAAAGUGAGAGAGAAGUGUCAUCCAACGAAGGCAGAGCCCUUGCCGAAGAGUGGGGCUGCCCCUUUAUGGAGACUUCUGCAAAGAGUAAAACAAUGGUGGACGAGCUCUUUGCAGAAAUUGUGAGGCAGAUGAACUAUGCUGCUCAGCCUGACAAAGAUGAUCCUUGCUGCUCUGCCUGUAACAUCCAAUAGCAUCCGAAU